AUGCUCCCCAAGCUGAACCCAUCCACGACCGAAGCAUCCUUGAAGAAAGCUCUCGGUUUCCUCAAAUUCGUCGACUCCUCCCCGACCCCUUUCCACGCCGUCCAGACGGCCUCACAACAACUCCUCAAAGCCGGGUUCACGAAGAUCUCUGAACGAGACGAUUUCUCCCGUUCAUUCUCCGAGGGCAAGAUCAGGAAGGGUGGGAAGUACUUUUACACCCGAAACCAGAGCAGCCUGGUCGCUUUCGCCUUGCCUCAUAAUGUCAAGAAAGUCAGGGAUGUGGGGAUGAGCAUUGUCGCUGGGCAUACGGAUAGUCCGUGCCCCAAGUUGAGGCCGAUCUCGAAGAAGACGAAAGGGUCUUACUUGAUGGCCGGCGUAGAGACAUAUGGAGGUGGGAUCUGGGCCACUUGGUUCGACAGAGACCUUUCCAUAGCCGGCCGAGUGAUCGUCUCCGAUGGACCGGGGCAGACCUAUUCUUCCCGUCUGAUCAAGAUCGACCGUCCUCUCUUCCGGAUCCCUACACUCGCUAUUCAUCUGGAUAGGACGAUCAACGAGAGUUGGAAGUUCAACAAGGAGACCGAGUUCCAGCCUAUUAUGGGCCUAGUCUCUCAAGCCGCCAACGCCCCAUUCACCGCUACUACCGCCGCUUUCUCAGAAUCUGCUCCGGCCGAAGACGGCAAAGCAAACAAGGCAGCCAAAUCGGAGCAUAACAAGGAAGACAUCAAAUCCCGUCACGAUACCGCCUUGCUUACCGUCCUCGCUGAAGAGCUCGGAGUGGAGGUGGAUGAUAUUCAGGACUUUGAGCUAUCGCUGUACGAUACUCAGCUCGGAAGCGUUAGCGGCUUGAACAACGAGUUCUUGCAUACCGCCAGGAUUGACAAUCUCAUGACCUGUUACUGCUCGAUCCAAGGUCUGAUCGAAUCUACGGGUACGGACGAGUUGUUACCCGCCGACGACCAGGAGACCAACAUCCGGACCGUCUGCCUGUUUGACAAUGAGGAGGUCGGAUCGGUUUCUUACCAAGGAGCCGAGAGCGACUUGGUGCCCUCGCUGGUCGAGAACCUGUUGUCUAUGCCCGGGUAUAUCGAAUGCAGCAAUGCGCAGUUUUUGAAGAAUUCGUUUUUGAUCAGCAGCGAUAUGGGUCAUGCGCUCAACCCCAACUUUGAAGCCAAAUACCAAGAAGCCCAUCGACCCCAGAUCAACCAAGGUGUCAUCAUCAAGACCAACGCCAAUCAGCGGUACACCUCGAACGCCUCGACGACCUUUGUCAUCCGAAGAGUAGCCGACCUGGCCGACGUCCCCUUGCAAGAGUUCGAAGUCCGGAACGAUGGGUCUUGCGGGAGCACGAUCGGACCGGCUAUCAGUACGCAUGGAUUGAGAACGGUGGAUAUCGGGUUGCCGCAGUUGUCGAUGCAUAGUAUCAGGGAGACCGCGGGUACCAAGGACCCGGAAUACCUGAUCAAGCUGUUCGCUACCUACUUUUCCAACUUCUCGUCCAUCGACAAGCAGCUCGUCAUGGACUGA